AUGUUGAAGGCAACCUUAGCACUUACAAUAAUUUUACAGGUCUUGAACUCAACAAUUUCAAUACCAAGAGGAAAAAGCGUGGACGUCCAUCUACAGUUUACAAUACCAUUUAUAAGUCUGCACGGUAUUUCUAACCUCCCACAUAUGCUGAUUGACAACCAACCUGCACUGCAGAUACGAAUGGCUGUACAUAACGCAUCAUCUUCUGUCUGUGAUGGUCUUGAAAAAAAAGCAUGUGAUACUGAUAUAUCUGCUUACAAAUUCAAUGAAAGUAAGAGAUACAAUACAGAUAUGUGGAAAGAGAUUCACAAAAUAAAAGUUAAUAAUGAAGACGAUGGUGAUGUUAAACCAAAAAUUGACAAACACAUAACGCUGCGUUUCAAGACUGGUCCAACAUACGGCCUCGGAAGCAAAAUAUUCGAAGAAAUUGGCUUAUCAGACGUCCAGGCAAUUUUUCCGACUGGAACAAUUGUUGAAAUCAAGUUGGUAUCAUGGCCGUACAGGAAUGAUUGGCAAUUGAAUAUUAACAUAUACCCAUCACCCUCGGAUGUCGGCCUUUCAAGCGGACUUUGUGGAAUUCUUGAUGGCAAUUAUAAAAAUGAUUUUACCUGGAAUAACCCAGAGAAAACGGUAGAAAACCCAGAUCACUAUCACCAGUGGCGCCGUCCUCACCCAGAUGGAUUUUCCAAAUCUUGGAGGGUUAAAAAUGGCGAUAUAAAUCUCUUUGACAACAGCGUUUAUGGAAGUCUAAAGUCCAUUACAACGGUCUUCGAUCGUGUGUGUAGAUGUAACAAGAACAACAAAGUUAUAAACUGCAGUUACGGCAAUUACAAGGAUUGUAAAUUCGCUGUUGGAAAAAGGCAUUAUUGUAUAGUUAAUCAUCAUAUCCAAUCCAGAAGAAAAAGGGAUCUUCAUCAUCUGAAAUCGAUAAAGUUGAGUGAACCUCCUAUGGACAGUGUUAUCCCAAAGAAUCAUCGAAAAAGAGAAACCAACAUAUAUUUGAUGUCGUAUGAAGAGGCGAUGUCCAUAUGUGUGGAAGCAUUCCAAGCAUCUGAUUCUUAUUUGAUGUGUCAAGAACACGUCAGUGGUCUAGGGAACACAUCACUGGUGAACUGCAUUGCGGAUCUUAUGAUGACUGAAGACUUAAACAUCACAAAGAUUCAUGUAGAAGCAGCAUUAGUGCAGUGUUCCACGUUUGUUGUUUUAAACAGUACUUUUCAAGAAGUAAAACCGGAUAUAACAUACAGAAUUAAGAGUAUCUGUGAAAAUAACUGUAGCGGGAAUGGCAUAUGCAAUUCUGGGAACUGUACUUGCAAUAGCGGUUACGCAGGAAGUGACUGCUCCGUUGAUCUAACUGGGCCUCCGACAAUAACACACAUCUCGGACUUUGGGUUCUGCGACAAGACUUCUGAAGCAUGUGAUGAGAUAACUUUGUAUGGAAGAUACUUUUUGGAAAAUAUGGACACAACUUGCUAUCUGAAGAGGAAAACGGUAGGAGAAGAUGGGUCUGUAUUGUCAGAAACAAACUUAGAAAUAAGCCUGCAGGAGAGAACGCUGUUUGAGGGAUACUGCCCACUUUACUACAAUGCCGAUUAUCACUGGGUAACAGAAUUUCGCUUCAAUAUAUCAAACGACGGGAGUCAAUUUACAGACAGCUACAACGUCUACACCUAUCAAUCUCUGUGUCAGGAAAUAAAAAAUGAUACAGGGAAUAUAACAUUUACAUUUAAGGAUGGCUAUUGCUACAUUAACAAUACGUGUGUGGCUGAUGGGGAUUCAAACCCAGACAACCUUUGUGACGUUUGUAUUACUGGGAAAAAUAAAUAUCAGUGGACCUAUAAUACAGGUCACUGUUUCAUUGAUGGAAAUUGUUUUCCGGGCGGAGCAAUAAAUGGAACAAAUCCUUGCAGUGUUUGCAAUCCAUCACUCAACAUAACAGCUUGGUCUUCUAAUCCGGGGUUUUGUUUUAUUGAUGGCAUCUGCUAUUUUGAUGACCAAACUAAUCCAAGCAAUAACUGUGAUAUUUGUCUUUCGCAAAUAUCACAUAGUACCUGGUCAUUCAAUGAACGUGUUGAUAUGAGCAUAAACAAUAUUAAAAUAAGUUUCCAUAACGUGUCUUGGAACACCACAAUCGAAAAAGAGGGCCCCACAACUCGGACAGUACACAACCCCUACGUGAACCUGAAAUGUAGCUUUGUCUCCUCAUCUUCUGACAACUUGCUAUUUUAUAAAGUUGAAUGGUAUGUUAACGACCACACGUUUGUCAAAUCCGACCUGGUUGGAGGAUCGUCCGUCAGGCAUGCAUUAUUAUCCUUAAAAGCUUUGAAAUCUGGAAUUCAGGUUCAAACUCGACACGAGAAAUGCCACGACAGUUACCCUUUCCCUCAGUGCACAUGUGCUGUUUCCGUGAAGUCUGGAAGGGACCUCUUUAUGAUUGACGUUUGUGAAAAUAACAAUUUUGUGGAUUUCCUGAGAUGUCAGGACAAUGUCAUUAAAGUGUACAAAGAGGAAGAUAAACUUUUCAAGAUAUUGCUUCCAAUGGGAACAAUUGUUAUAGCUUCCUUAGUUGAAUGGCCUGUUGAAGGAUCCUGGCAGAUAGACAUCGAUAUCUACCCAUCUUUGUCUGACGUAAACAAUACUGUUGGUCUAUGUGGAACCUUAGAUGGAAACGGAGGAAAUGAUUUUACACAUCGGAACGGACACAAAGAUAGCUCCUCAUUGGAAUAUCCUGAUGAUUUUUCGAGAUCUUGGAUGGUACAGAGCAAUGAAAACUUGUUAAACGGAGCUCCGUCAGAUCUUCCAUCAGUACCCUUCUCUCUCGAUAGAAUUUGUACUUGUUCUGCAAAUGGAGAUCAGUGCUUCUAUAAUGCAUUCUCGGAAUGUUCAAAAACCACCGGAAAACAGUACUACUGUGGACAAACAAACCUGCUACAAGCUUCACGUAAAAGGAGGGGGGUUCAUCUGAGUAAAAAUUCGGUUUGGAGUCGACAAAAGCGGCAAGAAUCAAUUUACGUCACAUCGGAGGCAAGAGCAGGGAAUGUCUGCAAAACUGCGUUCAACAGAUCAGAAUCAUUCGAAAAAUGUGAAGAAUACGUCAGUGAUAUGACCAAUGUAUCGUUAUCAAACUGUAUAAUGGAUGUCAGAUUGACAGGGGAUGAAAAUAUACCAUCUAUUCAUAUCGAAGAUGCCCUCAAGCAGUGUGUCAGGUUAAUAGUCUUUAAUACAACACUGAAAACACAACAGCCGGAUAUCACCAACCAAAUUCAGUCCCUGUGCUCGAACAACUGUAGUGGUCAUGGCAUUUGCAAAGAGGGACACUGCUUGUGCGAUUCUGAUUUCGGGGGAAGUGACUGUUCUUUUGAUGUUCGAGCACCACCCACGAUCCUGAGGACGUCGCCAAACGAAACCUGUGAUAUGUCUUCAAGCAACUGUUCCGAAGUUCUACUAGAGGGCAGAUAUUUCUUGGAAAACAUAAACAUAACUUGUUUCAUAACCAGGCAAUUGGUGAACCAUGACAACAAUGCUGUGGAUAUCACGGACAGUGAGCAACCGUUGGAUGACAGAACUUUAUUUCAUGGGGCGUGUCCUUUGCCCAAAGACAGUAUCUCCACAUGGAUUACCAAAUUUACACUUAAGAUCUCUUAUGAUGGAAAAUCAUUUAGCCGUGCCUUUCCAAUAUACAUAUAUAAGUCGGAAUGCCAGCAGAAAUCUUACGUAGAUGGUUUUGGACAGUUCACUCUUAAGGCAGGAUACUGCUACAUAGACAGCAAAUGCGUACAAAAAGAUGUUUCAAAACUGGGACACAGCUGUGAGGUUUGCAAUCCGUCAAGUCAAAAGUAUGAUUGGUCAUUGCAUCAAGACUGUGUUUCAACCACGUCACCACCACAAACAACGAAGUCUCCAAUAUCAACACCAGCCUUCAUUAUUACAGUGUCUAUAGUUUCUGCGGUUUUUGUUGGAACUCUGGUUGUUAUUAUCCUAGCGUGGCGAUGUAGAUCGUCCUCUAAAAGACACUACAAGGACGACGAUUCAACGAAGGACAUAAAUGUUGCAAAAUGGAGGAAAUACUUCGACGAGGGAGAUAAAUUGCAUAAUUUUUACAUCCCUAGAGGUCGAAGAAACAAUGAACAGGAAUACUACACAAACAGUGAAAAUACCUAUCGAUACUGAUAGUACUAAAGGAUGACAAUUUUUUUUCCUUUUAUAUUGGACUUUGUAAAUAUUAAAAAUCAUGUGAAUUAAUGUCAAAGCCAUUAAAAAACGUUGGGUAUAAAAAUCCUUUUCGUUUCACGGUGAGAGAUAUAAUCCAUUUAAAGAAUUUCUUCAAAAAAACAACAAACAAAUAAAAAAAAAACAAAACUCUCAAAAAUUGCUAUACUUGUGUUUUGGCAUAAUAAAAAAUCCUCAGAAAAGAAUUUCGAUUUCAAACCCAACCUUUUUUAUUGUUGAAAAUGUCUGCUUCAAAGUAUUUACAUUGUGAUUUUGUAUGAUUUCACUGACAGGGGGCGCUGCGUGUACCUUAAUUUGGUAGGUCUAAAGCGCACUAGUUUGCUUCGUUUUUCAGACCUGUUUACCCAUAUUGUUGUUUCUCAGUAUUUUUGCUUAAAUUUGUCCGUGAGAUCUGGCAUUUGCCAGUUCACUUUCCAUUAAUUUUACAUACAAUUUAUAUAAAUGGAGAUCAACUGCUUUUCUGAUUACAAAAACAUGGUUAAAUAACAUGAUCUUGAUCAUUUUAUACCACGGCGUUUUGGCAAACCGACAUAACUGAAGCUGAAUUUUUUCAAUGAUUAAAAAAGCAUGAAACUGAGACAGAUCAUAACGAUUUACAUUACAUGAUAGCAAAACGUGAGACGUACUUUGGACUAAUAAUACGUAAAAAACACGACGAAAUCGUGAGAGUACAUGUAAACAGGUCUGUUUUUUAAAUAUCCGCAGUGACUCGGGUGCUUUUUUUCUAUCUGUAUUAUUCUGUGCUCGUUAAUUAAGAAUUUAGCUAUUUAAGUUUUUCAUUGAACCGCCGAGAAAUUUUCAACCAAUAUUAGAUUAUAGCAAUCUUGGACAUUACAGAACGAAAAUUGUACAUUGAAUGUUAUCUCCACCAUGUGACCUUAAGAAGGGGCCAAAACCUUCAAACUUAAAGGCAGAGAUUUUUUACCGGGUGGUAAAUUCCAGGUGAGGGAGGGGCUUAUUUUAUACAGGUGUGAAUGCCUUGGGGGCUAGCAGUCUACCUGUGGUCAUCUGUCUCCUAAUCCCUAUACACAGGAAGUGAUUUAAUACACAGUGAAAUACCCCAGGUGUCAAACUUUACCUGUGUUGAGGAUUUUGAGACAAUUUGAAAAUUAGUAGUAAAAGGGUUUUUCAAUCAUAUAUUGAUUUAUUUUGACUGUUUGAAAACACCCCUACACAUUUGAAAAAAAAAUUAUUAUGAUAUCAUACUCUAAAUCAAAUAUUAAAACAAAGAUAGUUUUAGAUGUUAGUGGAUCUGUAAAUUAAAAAAAAAAAACUCCUGUAACAACCAAAUUAGACUUAAUUUUCAUUCAUCCCCAUGAUCCCAUCUUUUAAAAGAAAAAAGAGCCGUGUUAACUACAUUUUACUAAAAAAAAUCCAGAUUUAUCAUAACCUUAAUAAAGCUUUGUCACCAUGAUACGUUUUAAAAAGAUUGCUUGUAAAUUCUUAUUUGAUUAAAAAAGGAAAUCAUACUAAGUGACCCAUGAUUAGAAACAUUAUUUUUAAAUUUAAUUACUAGUACUUCACACAGCGCUUCUCUGAACUUAAUUAAUAACAUUUUCACUUUAGGUUUACCAUUUAG